GGAACCAUGAGCGGUGUCACCUCGUCAUCACUUACGGGUUUCGUUAUUCCUCACCUGCUGCCCAGUCAUAUACCAUUUUACAAAAACAGUAGUACCGCGCCAUUCAUCUCGCCGCACCCGGGGAACGUACACCACAGAGUCGGACAAUAAGCGCAAGGACGACCAUGAGCUUUGGCACCAUUUCUGGCGGCAUCGGAGUAUACGCGGCCGGUCUUGCAACUUGGGGUGCCAUUUCCACUACAAAAUGGACUGCCAAAGAGCUCGUCAAGGAACUCAGAGCAACCAUGAAAAAUAUUCAAGAUCUGAGGUCCAACAUGAAGCCGACCGAGCAGCAAUUGAUCUCAGAAUCCAGACCUGGCUUUUUUGAUCAUUGGGACACAUUCAUGGACGACAUGAAUGCGGCUAUAGUUGUCUGGGAUGAGGAGGCCAGAGGUGGAAGUUACUGGCAGAAAUUCGGGCCUACAAGUCAACUGAAGCAAGAUAUUCGUGAGGCGAUAAAUAUGGUGGAAAAUUUCCGCUCGGAUAUAUUGAGACAACGACAAAUGCCGUCCGACGCAGAACUGGUGCCAUCCCGCCGGGUGUUCCCACUUGUGAUUCACGUGGCAUCAGGCGCACUCUAGCACCUCUACUCAAUAGGAUGGCAUUGAUGAUUCCCCAAUUGCCAUCUAUUGACUCAGGAGAGUCUCUGGAGCACAUGCUCGCCGACGUCACCAGUUCAUCCGCUGCUAUUGACGCAG